AUGUCUAUACUGCACGAAGAGAGAGCCUUCGAAUGGGGUUCACUUGUUAAGGGUACAAAUGUCAACUUUCAUAAGACCAUUAAAGACGCAGAUGAUGCCCUCUCUGCCUUGCGUCUUGGGAAAAAAAUUAAAACAAAUGAACAAUGGGAGUCGACAAAAAAAGAGGUCAUGGAGGAUAUCCUUGAAAACAAGUGUGUUCAAGUCCCAGUCUUCUUAGAAAAGCUGAGAACCGCUAAGCAGUCCACAACCUUUGUAGAGGCCACCUAUAACAACGAGUGGGGAUCGGGACUGGAUCGUACGGGAACACUAAAUACCAAACCGGAACACUGGCCGGGAUCUAAUACCCUCGGUGUCAUGAUGAAGAAAAUCUCAAAAAAAAUUCGAAAAAGGAAACUAAGCGACAGCAUUAGUCGUAAACAAAAACAAGCACAUCGUGAACAGUCUAGACAGCGAAAUAUCGUUCAGAUGCUGAAGGAUCUUAGAACUGCAUCCGAUAGUGACGUUUCUGGAUGCAAUGCCGAUUCUGAUAGCUCUGAAGGGGACAAAUAA